UGUACUGACGUGUAGCAUUGUUACUUGACUCUCUUUGUGGGAUGCACAGUCGUCAAUUUGUGUUUGAUGACAUCGCUUGUGCCAGCAGGAGCGUGUCCACAGUAAAGGAAUAACUCAGCUUGAUUCAUCAAUUGAAGAGACGUAAUAGUUGAGAAAUGGAACAUGCGCAACGACCGCCGGAAUUGAGUUUUGUAGGUGUAAUGGAUGAAAACUGGAAAGACUGGAAACGGCAGUUUCUUAUAUUUCUGAAAGCUUCAGGCAACGCUGAUAAGCCAACAGAUGUGAGGGCCAGCAUGCUUUUGAAUUGUAUCGGUCCUUUCGGCUUGACAGUUUCGAAAAACUUUACUUUCGACGAUCCGGACGAUGAGGAAAAUGUGGAAAUACUAAUAGAAAAAUUCGAAAAUCUUUUUUCACCAAGAAAAACUGAGGUGCAUGAUCGAUACAUCUUUUUUUCGAGCGUAAGACAACAUUCAGAGACUAUUCCACACUACGUGCAAACUUUGAAGAAAAAAGCAAGUACUUGCAACUUUGGUGGUUUAACAGAAAGCCUGAUAAGAGACAAAAUUAUAUUAGAUGUAAAGAACAAGGAACUGAGGAAAUUUCUUUUCGAGGAAAAAGAUUUGUCCCUUAGCCGAGCCGUCGAGAUGUGGGAAAGGUGUCAACAAACUGAACCAAUUUCCAAAUUGUGUAUGCCAAAAGAACUUCAGCAAAAACCGUCUCACAAUGCGGCGGAUAAUCAUCUAAAUAACAAAACGUCGAACUGCGCUGAAUGCAAUACGUGCCAUGAGCCGAAUCGGUGCCCUGCAUGGGGACAGCGAUGUGAGAAUUGUGGAAUGCUAAAUCACUUCACAGCAGUUUGUAACAAACCACCAGUAAAAAAAACACGGCCAAAGCAUUUCAACCCUUUACCAUUGACCCAAGCACCAGGAUCAACAAAGAAAAAUUGAUAAGAAUGACUUGUCAGGAUAUUUUUACUGCAGAAUUUGCAAAUGUAUCGUGUAUUUAAUGGAAUUUCCGGUUGAUUAUUCUGCGAAUGAGUCAAUUGAUAAAACGUAUAUUUUUAAAGAAGAUUCAGACUUAUUGAAUUACCAAUAUAUAACUGAAUUAAUAAAUGAUGUCGUACAAUAUUUCGAUUUCUUAUCUUCAUACGCGUUGUUGAGAGUAAUAACUGCCAUUUUUUCUGUAAGCUUCUACUUUGUAAAAACUAUUGUUUACAGUAUUCUAGGAAGUUCUGAAAU